AUGACAGAAGACUUUGAUAUCAUUCCAAGAGAGAGCAGGGAGAAUCGGAGCCCAGUGGUCUGCAUUGGCCACAAUGUGGCUCUGGAAUCCUGGUGCAUACCCUAUGUUUACUCUCAUGCUCAUCACAUGAUGCUUGGAUUCAAGAAGUCAAAGCUCACCAUUGAUGAGAUUGAGGGCUUGAAGCUGUGGUCAUCAAUGGCUGUCCUCCUGAACCCAGAUUUCCACUCAGCAUGGAAUCAGAGGAAGGAUCUGAUCAUGGCAGGGCACCUCUCUCCAUUCUCUGACCUACAAAUCUCUCAGUUGUCCUUAAGUCGAAAACCCAAGAGUGCUGAGACGUUUUCCCACCGCCGAUGGCUGCUGACUCGAGUCAUUCAUCAGGAUUGUACUACCAUGGAAAGGCUUCUACGACAGGAGUUGGAAUUGUGUGGGAAGUAUGCCCAGCGUGAGGCAAAUAACAUUCAUGCAUGGAGUCAUCGCAUCUGGUCAGUGCAGCACUUAGAUCCCAAUAUUCCCAUUUCUCUUUUGUGCUGUGAAUUGGCAUCUGUGCGUCAGUGGGUUGCAAUGCAUGUGUCUGAUCAUUCUGCUAUGCACUACAUGGAACAUCUCCUGACUGCACUUCAGCAGAGAUCAGAACAGGAGUCUCAUGAUACAGCAAUAAACCUGAGACAAGUUCUCAGGUCUCCCCAUGGGGAUCACAUCCAACUGUCAUCUGCCAAUAUCUUCAUUGAGCUUCUUGUAGAAGAGCUGCAGAGUAAUGAGGAGCUAAUCAGAACCUAUCCUUGUCAUGAAGCACUAUGGAACCAUAGGAGGUACUUCUUAUUUCAUCUCCUUCAUGGGACAAAGGAGAGAGAGCCAGUUAAUACAGGUGCUUUGCUCAAGCAUGAGAUGGAACUCUCUGCAGGGAUGCAGGAAAGUGACUUGCGACAUUCAAAUGCUCACAGAAGGUGGUGUCAGAGGUUUCUCUGAAUAUAUUGCCCACAUUCCAAGCUUCCUAUUAGAGAUGUAUUGCUAUAUUCUUUCUUCUUCCCAGUAAACAUCCGGUGAUAUGAUUCCAUGUAUUGCCUGUCAUUCUCUUGAUGCUCUUAUCCUUCUGCAGCUGAGCUUGUUCUCAGGCAAUGCACAAGUGGAGAUGCUAUGUUACCCACUCUACUGUGAUCUCAAGGAUAUAUUCCAGGC